AGCAGCAGUAAGAAGGCCAAAGAGGCUGUGGGCGCUGUACGAAGAGGUCUGAUGCCGAGUUUUUCUGCACUGUCUUGUGAGGCCGCGCUGGCUCUGGUGGUGGCCUGAAUGUCCACCCGAGCCUGCGCGAGACUGCUGCGCGGGGGGAGGGGGGCGAGGCCCGCGCAGCAGCGGAAGUCCUCCACGCGAGUGUCACGAGCCACGUUCUGUCGCGUAUACGACGAAGCCUACUUUCUGAGGUUGCGCGCGCACCCAGGGUGUGCAGCAGCUGUUUGCGGAUCCUCCUUCUCGGGCAGCACACGCUCUCGGUGUGUAGCAGCUUUGUCCCAAUUCUCCUCCUGGAGCGGCCGCGCGCCUCUGGUGCACAGCAGCUCUCAGUCGAACCCGUGCCGCCCAGAAGCUCUUGUUCUGGAACAGCUCUUCUGGGGCCGUGCAGCGCUUCUGGUUUCCCAGAUGCCUGCGCGAGCCUGCCCUCACUGGCAGGUGCCAGCCCAGGUCUCUUUCUAAUCCACGCCGCGCGCGGACGCAUGUUGCCCGCCCCCCCCCCCUAUCGAGCCCAUAGAGGACGAGGCAACGGCACGGACGGGGACCCUCGAAGGCACGGGCGGAGCUCUUCGGUCGGCGCUGGACCUCCUCCCCCGGAUAUCCAGGGGCGGCGCUUCCGGCGCUGCCCGUGGCGCGCCUCGCGCGCUGUGGAUGGGUUGCGCUGGGAGGUCCACCGCCGAUCCCCAGAAAUCUGUGCGGAUCUCCGAAAGCGCGUGCCUGUGCCACUGUAACUGGUCCUUCUUGUUCGCUUUCGGCGACACUCCACGUUCUAAGCCUCCUAGACGGGGUCGGGGUAGAUGAGGUCGGCGGAUCACGCCGCAUCGCCGAGGCAUCGACAAUGCGGCUCGAGGUGGAGCCCGAUUUUGUCCACGCCGUCGUCGCCGAUGCGUCGCCGAUGCAUCGGCGACGCAUCGGCGAUGUGGUGCAAUCCUCCGACCCCAUCUGCUCGGACUGCCCCAGCUGGGAGGCCUCUACACGUGCAGGCCUGCUUCUGCCACUUGAACACGCGAAGGGGGCCCAUCCUCCGAUGCCGCGUUCCGUGUUUACCGAGGGGCCCCAGUCGAGCUCUGGACCCCAUUGCUAGGGACAGGGGCCU